CACCAGCAAUUUUCGUUUCCCCCUUCCCUUGUGCGCCCUAGCCGUUCCUCUCCUUGCCUUGCUCCCAUUCCUCUUCUCUUGCUCUUCUCUUCCUCAAUUUUUAAGCAAAGAUGUUUAGCAGGCAAAGGAAGCGAUCCAAGUCUCAAAAGGAUGCAACUGCGGCUGGUAGUUCAAAUCCUCCGCCAAGAGCUUUUGAUGCAUUGCGUUUCAGUAGUGCCAUCCACCAGGACCGUAUGCCCAUGCUGGAAAAGAAAAAGAUUUUGGCGGAGAGGAAGUUUGUGAUUGACACUGAGGGAAGCUACAAAGAAAUAGCAAACAUUUUCAAUGCAAAGAAGUGGGGAAGGUUGCUCACUCCGGUUGAUUGCAUAAAUUAUGAGAUUGUCCGUGAGUUUUAUGCUAAUGCACUUCAACCGGAGGGUGAGUUGUGUUCUUAUAAGUCUUUUGUUCGUGGUAAGGAGAUCGAUUUUUCGCGGAAUGCAAUCAGUGAGCUCCUUGGCAAUCCUUGGAAUCCAUUUGAUCCAAAUAUCCAGACUGAUGAGUUUUCUGUUGCACGACGAACUCAUCAGAACCAGGAAGUAAUUUCUCGUGUGAUCCUUAAACCGGGAAAGCAGGUGGAGUUGAACAAUGUUCAGGAGCCGAUUCGUUACAACAGGAUUGAUAUGACUCCUUUGGCGCAAGCGGUGCUUCUUCUGAUUGUGUUUAACAUAAGGCCAAGGUUUCAUAAGUCUUCGGCACCUCUUGAUGUGGCUUUGCUUGUUUAUCACAUCUUGGAAAACAAGACGGUCGACGUUGCUAAAAUAAUUGCUAAUGAGAUGAAAAUCUUCAUCGAGAACACUCGUCGUCCUGGGGUACAUUCUAGCGCACCUAUUAUUUUUCCUUGUUUGAUUACUUCUUUGUGUCAAAAGCAGGGUGUUCGUUUUCCAAGUGUGGUGAACGAAAGGAAAAGAGAUGUGGUUGAUGAUAUCUACAUCAACCGCUACUGUAAUGCUAAGUUGGCUGCUAAGAAAAAGCAGAAGGAAGCUGGUGAGUCCUCUGCUGCAGGUGAGCAUGGUGAGACUCUGGAUUAUGAAGAUUGGGAUCCGAGGUUGAGAGCAUCUUUUAAUUAUACUUGGGAUGCGCUUGAGGCUGGAAGGAGGUCCAGUGAAUUCCUUAUGGACUCCAUGAGGCAGUUGUAUCUGCAUCAGUCUGCACCUUCUGGUGAGAUCCCUCCUUUUCCUUCUCGCGAGGAUUAUUCUGCUUAUGCAAAUUGGCCUGAGGGCAGGCCUUUCUUUUCUGAGGGGGUGGAUGAUGCUGAUGCAGAGGGUGAUGAAAUUGGUGAUGACAUCCUUGAUUAGGAG